AUGCCAGAAAUCCCAAAAACUCAAAAAGCUGUUGUGUUUGAGAAGAAUGGAGGUAACUUGGAAUACAAGGACAUUCCUGUCCCAACACCAAAACCAAGCGAAUUAUUAAUCAACGUCAAGUUUUCAGGAGUUUGCCACACCGAUUUGCAUGCUUGGAAAGGUGAUUGGCCUUUGGACACCAAGUUACCACUUGUUGGUGGCCACGAGGGUGCUGGUGUGGUUGUCGGUAUGGGAAGCAAUGUUAAAGGCUGGCAGAUUGGAGAUUACGCCGGUAUCAAAUGGUUGAAUGGUUCCUGUUUGAAUUGUGAAUUUUGUGAACAAGGUGCUGAACCAAACUGUCCUCAAGCCGACUUAUCUGGUUACACGCACGAUGGUUCAUUUGAACAGUACGCCACUGCUGAUGCCGUCCAAGCUGCCAGAAUUCCAAAGAAUGCCGAUUUAGCCCAAGCAGCUCCAAUCUUGUGUGCUGGUGUCACCGUAUACAAGGCUUUGAAAACUGCAGACUUGUUGGCUGGUCAAUGGGUUUGUAUUUCUGGUGCUGCAGGUGGUUUAGGUUCCUUGGCUAUUCAAUAUGCUAUCGCUAUGGGUUACAGAGUCAUUGGUAUCGAUGGAGGUGCCGAUAAGGGAGAAUACGUCAAGAGUUUGGGAGCAGAGGCCUACAUUGACUUUACAAAGGAAAAGGAUAUAGUUGCUGCUGUGAAAAAGGCAACCAACGGUGGUCCGCAUGCUGCUAUCAAUGUAUCUGUGUCUGAACAAGCCAUUAACCAAUCAGUUGAGUAUGUGAGACCUUUGGGUAAGGUUGUGUUGGUUGGGUUACCAGCCGGUUCAAAAGUCACUGCUUCUGUCUUCAGUGCUGUUGUUAGAUCGGUUGAGAUUAAAGGUUCUUAUGUUGGUAACAGAAAGGAUACUCAAGAAGCCCUUGAUUUCUUUGCCAGAGGUAAGGUUCAUUGUCAAAUCAAGAUUGUUGGUCUUAGUGAGUUGCCUGAAGUUUUUAAGUUGAUGGAGGAAGGAAAGAUUAUGGGAAGAUAUGUACUUGACACAAGUAAAUAG